CCCAGGGGCUUGCAUCGAACACCCCGGCAGUCCAGGCUUCCGCAGCAAUGAGUUGGUGGAGGGACAAUUUCUGGAUCCUCUUGGCCGUGGCCAUUAUCGUUGUCUCCUUGGUCCUGGGUCUCAUCCUGUACUUUGUCUGCAGGAGGCAGUUUAGACAAGGCAAGAAAUGGUCAAUUGCCAAGCCCUGGAAACCUGAUGGGAGAGACGAAGAGAAGAUGUAUGAGAAUGUUCUUAAUCCAUCACCAGGGCAGUUACCUGCUCUGCCACCCAGGGGUUCGCCUUUUCUAGAAGACCCUGCCCCACAGGAAGUGCCAAGUCAGUCACUAGCUUGGUACUCAUCAGUGAGGAAAGUUAGAAACAAGAAGGUCUUUUCCAUCUCGGGCUCCGAAAACGACUACGACGAUGUUGAGAUCCCAGCAGGCGCUGAAAACCAGCAAUCUAAAACAACCACACCUUCUUGGCAAGCUGAAAAGGGCUUACAUAGCUCAUUUUAGAAUAAUCUAGAAUGGCUGGACUGUAACACAGGCUCUUCCCAACCCCCAGAGGAAGCCACCUACGUAGGAGCUACAGCAGAGGACAGGACAGUUUGACGUUCCCGACGCUCCAUGCGCCCUGAUGCUCCAGAUGAUGCUCCUGGUGUUUCUGAUACUCCAGAAGCUCUGGCCUGAGACUCAGAGGUCUAGCCCUCGCACAUCUCUGGAGGCUGUUUCCUUAGUGUGGGCCACUGGGCCUGUGAACAUUGACUCAUUUUUCCACGUCCCCUUUUGUUCCCUUGGUAAAUGUGGGUCUGAGGGAUCUUAAGACUUGGUAUUUGAGUGAGUGGAACCUCCCAACUACCCUCCCUAUCUAGACCAUGGCUUGGAUGUCUGCCUCUCUCCUUGCAGGCCCUACCUACUCCUGCACCUCUUAGAGGCUGUGGCUUGUCAUUAUAGCUGAGGGUUCUUGGGGUACACAGGUCACCACACCCUGAGAGUCUGGAAGGAAAGGAAGUGUGUUUUGUUCUUGUGAAGCCACCCCACCCACUCGCACUCCAAUCCCCAGUACCUUCACAGAAUGUGGACCAAACUCAUCAAAGAGAAUCGAGUUCUUACAGAAGCUUAUUUCGUGUGUUUCUGGACAGUAUUUUUAACAGUCAACAAAGGACACAGUGGCCUUCUGACUUCCGCCUCCAGCUCUACUGGCGGCGCCAGGAAAAGAAGGCUUCCCCAAAGUCUUCAGACAGCACCAGCCGGAAGCAGCUUAUUCAAGAUGAGAGUUCAGGGCUUAGCAUCCUUUCUGUAACUUACUACACCUCUUAGUCUAUAUUGCUGUCCUUUCCAUCCCUAUCUUUCCUGGGCGUUAUCUCUCACCUUCCUCCAAGCGUUCCCGAGUGACGUCACCACCAUCCGCAGGACUCAGAGCCUCCUCCUCUGCCCUAAGGACUCCCCCACUGCAGUCCCCAGCUGAGCACCCUCUACAGUUCUAGGCUGCAUAGCCUGCAGCUACGUCCGUCUGAUUAUCCCACAGGACCCUCAAGUCCAGCACAUUCCAUGGAGACAUUCCCACGCCCAGGCUUCUUGUGCUGGGUUACUUUCCCCAUGGCUGAGGGCAGAAAUCAGCAUCUUUUCUCACAUCCUUUAUUGCCAGCGUUCCCCACUUCCUGUGGACUACGCUGUCCCAUCACUACUCUGAGGUCAGCCAUGGCCAGCACUUCCCAAAGAGAGCUUUAAGAGCCUCUGUUCAGUACCUUGUCUCUGGUGUCUCACACUCCAAAACCCUGUUCGGCAGCUGGUGGUUUUCUUAAGUAAACUUUCCCUCUUAAACUCCUUACAAGAUUCGUCAGGAUUUUGUUAUCUUUUUGCUCACCACCUCCUUACAACCUCCACCCUGCCCAGUGUGUUUCCUUCGUUUG